GUCGCGCCGAGGCCCCGGGCGGGCGGGCAAGGAAGCAACGGCUGCAGACACCGCGGGGCCGGGUCGUUGAGGGUCAGGGAAGCUCAGGGCCGAGGAGCGCGGGGCCGCUCAGGCCCAGGGGAAGGCCGCUUGCCGGCGCCAUGGGAAACCGCGGGAUGGAAGAGCUGAUUCCGCUGGUGAACAAGCUGCAGGACGCCUUCAGCUCCAUCGGCCAGAGCUGCCACCUAGACCUGCCGCAGAUCGCCGUGGUGGGCGGCCAGAGCGCCGGAAAGAGCUCGGUGCUCGAGAACUUCGUGGGCCGGGACUUCCUUCCCCGUGGCUCAGGAAUCGUCACCCGGAGGCCUCUCAUUCUGCAGCUAAUCUUCUCAAAAACAGAAUAUGCUGAGUUUUUACACUGCAAGUCUAAAAAGUUUACAGACUUUGAUGAAGUCCGGCAGGAGAUCGAAGCAGAGACCGACCGGGUCACGGGGACCAACAAAGGCAUCUCCCCAGUGCCCAUCAACCUGCGGGUCUACUCACCACAUGUGUUGAACUUGACUCUCAUUGAUCUCCCGGGAAUCACCAAGGUGCCCGUCGGGGACCAGCCACCUGACAUUGAGUAUCAGAUCAAGGACAUGAUCCUGCAGUUCAUCAGCCGCGAGAGCAGCCUGAUCCUGGCUGUCACACCUGCCAACAUGGACUUGGCCAACUCAGAUGCCCUCAAGCUUGCUAAGGAGGUGGACCCCCAAGGCCUACGGACCAUUGGCGUCAUCACCAAACUGGACCUGAUGGAUGAAGGCACCGAUGCCAGGGAUGUCCUAGAGAAUAAGCUGCUUCCCUUGAGAAGAGGCUACAUUGGUGUGGUAAACCGCAGCCAGAAAGACAUCGAGGGCAAGAAGGAUAUCCGUGCAGCACUGGCAGCUGAAAGAAAGUUUUUCCUUUCCCACCCUGCCUAUCGGCAUAUGGCAGACCGCAUGGGCACCCCGCACCUGCAAAAGACCCUGAAUCAGCAACUGACCAACCACAUCCGGGAGUCACUGCCAACCCUGCGCAGCAAACUGCAGAGUCAACUGCUGUCCUUGGAGAAAGAAGUGGAGGAGUACAAGAACUUCCGGCCCGAUGACCCCACACGAAAGACCAAAGCCCUGUUGCAGAUGGUCCAGCAAUUUGGUGUGGACUUUGAGAAGCGGAUUGAGGGCUCUGGAGACCAAGUGGACACACUUGAGCUCUCUGGGGGUGCCCGAAUCAAUCGCAUCUUCCAUGAGCGCUUUCCCUUUGAGCUGGUGAAGAUGGAGUUUGAUGAGAAAGACUUGCGGCGGGAAAUCAGCUACGCCAUUAAGAACAUCCACGGAGUCAGGACUGGGCUCUUCACGCCGGACUUGGCGUUCGAAGCCAUUGUGAAAAAGCAGGUGGUAAAGCUGAAAGAGCCUUGUCUGAAAUGUGUCGAUCUGGUUAUCCAGGAGCUAAUCAAUACAGUUAGGCAGUGCACCAGCAAGCUCAGCUCCUACCCCCGGUUGCGAGAAGAAACAGAGCGAAUUGUUACCACGUAUAUAAGGGAGCGCGAGGGGAGAACCAAGGACCAGAUUCUUCUUCUGAUCGAUAUCGAGCAGUCCUACAUCAACACGAACCAUGAAGACUUCAUUGGAUUUGCCAAUGCCCAGCAGAGGAGCACGCAGCUGAAUAAGAAGAGAGCCAUCCCCAAUCAGGGGGAGAUUUUGGUGAUUCGCAGAGGCUGGCUGACCAUCAACAACAUCAGUUUGAUGAAGGGUGGCUCCAAGGAGUACUGGUUUGUGCUGACAGCUGAGUCGCUGUCAUGGUACAAAGAUGAUGAGGAGAAAGAGAAGAAAUACAUGCUGCCUCUGGACAACCUCAAAAUCCGUGAUGUGGAGAAGGGCUUCAUGUCCAACAAGCAUGUGUUCGCCAUCUUCAAUACGGAGCAGAGGAAUGUCUACAAGGACCUGCGGCAGAUUGAGCUGGCCUGUGACUCCCAGGAGGAUGUAGACAGCUGGAAGGCGUCCUUCCUGCGAGCUGGAGUCUACCCAGAAAAGGACCAGGCAGAAAAUGAGGAUGGGGCACAGGAGAACACCUUCUCCAUGGACCCACAGCUGGAGCGGCAGGUGGAGACUAUCCGCAACCUGGUGGACUCAUAUGUGGCCAUCAUCAACAAGUCUAUCCGUGAUCUCAUGCCAAAGACCAUCAUGCACCUCAUGAUCAACAACACAAAGGCCUUCAUCCACCAUGAACUGCUAGCCUACUUGUAUUCCUCUGCGGACCAGAAUAGCCUCAUGGAAGAGUCUGCUGACCAGGCCCAGCGGCGGGAUGACAUGUUGCGCAUGUACCAUGCACUGAAGGAGGCUCUCAACAUCAUCGGAGACAUCAGCACCAGCACUGUGUCCACACCUGUGCCUCCACCUGUUGAUGACACUUGGCUCCAGAAUACCAGCAGCCACAGCCCCACUCCCCAGCGCCGACCAGUCUCCAGUGCACACCCACCAGGCCGGCCUCCUGCAGUGCGGGGCCCCACACCUGGUCCUCCUCUGAUUCCUAUGCCUGUAGGGGCCGCAGCCUCCUUCUCAGCACCCCCCAUCCCGUCCAGGCCUGGACCCCAGAGCAUGUUUCCCAACAAUGACCCUUUCUCUGCCCCACCUCAGAUCCCAUCUCGGCCAGCACGGAUCCCCCCUGGUAUCCCUCCUGGAGUGCCCAGCAGAAGACCCCCUGCUGCACCCAGCCGGCCCACCAUUAUCCGCCCAGCCGAGCCGUCCCUGCUCGACUAGGCUGCACAAGGGCUUGUUCUAGGGGGCUUCGCACACCCGCAGUUGCAGGAGCUACGGUGGUCUGGGCCUCUCCGCUGACCCCCAUGCUGGGACCAGGCACACUGUGGGCAGCUUCUGCCCCUUCCUCCCUAGCCCUGGCAAUCACUGUGCUGAGGGUACUCCAGAACCCCAGGCGGUAGAGGCUAAGGACUUUGCACUUUGGGGGACAGGAUUUCGAGGCAAAGCUGGGACUGCACGCUGGGGGCCAUCUUGAAUGAAUGGGCUAAGAUGGAGAAAUUUGUCAAGGAGCUUCUCUACCGACACCUUCUAGAAGCUAGAACCCUCCUCCCCUCCCAGGGCAUCUGUAAGCUAUUCAGUCCUUCCUGGAGCACAAGGAGUUAUCCACCACUUCCCAGAGGCUCCCUAGCAGCAAGCCAAGCCCAAUGGGCACAGUGCUGCCAGCCCCUGGCUCAAGUUGUAUAUAUUUUUUCCUUGGCCAUAUUAACCACACAUCCUGAGCCUGGCCCAGCCACAGUGGCCAGAAGGUGCCUUCGCUAAGCCCAAAGCCCUCAGCCCCGGGCUGGCCUCUUUUGUCUCUCAGCCACCCCUCCCAUGCCCUUACUCCUCCUGGACUCCCAAGGGGCUUAGGCUCUGUGUGAGUUGUGGGGGAGAGCUGUCAGUUCUCAGCCAGGCCUCCCCACAGGGAGAGCCCUGGGCAUCUCUCUGAGCAGAUCUCGCUGCUCCUUGCUCGGUUUGACCACUGUAAGUGCCUGUACUCUGUAUCCUAUUAAUAAACUAAAAUAAAGGGAAGAACCUUCUGGUG